AUGACUUCUGUUCUCCAGCCCCGAGAAUGUAAAGUGAUCAAAAAGCCCCAAAAGAGCUACGGAUUCUACCUACGUAUUGAGAAAGACACAGCAGGGCAUCUCAUCCGGAACGUGGAAAAGAAUAGUCCAGCUGAAAAGGCUGGCUUGAAGGAUGGAGACAGAGUCCUCAGGGUUAACGGUGUGUUUGUAGACAAGGAAGAACAUGCAAAGGUGGUGGAGAUUGUCAAAAACAGUGGGAAUUCUGUUGUACUACUUCUUCUGGAUGACGCAUCCUAUCAAAAGGCAGAAAAGGAGGGAGUGAACUUGGAAGAGCUGGGUCAAAAGGUGUCAACAGGACAACAGCAGGAGCAGCAGCCCCCACCGCCCACGGCCAAUGGAGCAACCACUGAAGUUCCACGACCCUGGCUCUGCUACCUAGUGAAGGAGGAGAAAGGCUAUGGCUUCUCUCUUAAAACCACAGAAGGACAGAAGGGGUUGUUCAUAGUAGAGCUUUCAUCACAAGGAGCAGCUGCAAAGGCUGGUGUCCAAAAUAAUGAUCGCCUGAUUGAAAUCAAUGGAAAAAAUGUGGAAAAUGACACACACGAGGAAGUGGUGGAAAAGGUAAAGAAGUCUGAAAAUCGUGUUAUGUUUCUACUUUCAAAUGAAGAAACGGAUCGCUAUUACACAAGCCAGAAGAUGGUACUGAGCAAAGAGAGUGCCAACCUAGGACUGCUUCCCCUCAAACCACGACUUAUUGAGAUCCAGAAAGGGAAAGACGGUUAUGGCUUUUAUCUACGGAUGGAACAAAAUACUGGUGAUCAUGUAAUCAAGGAUGUUGAUUCCGGGAGCCCAGCAGCAGAGGCAGGUCUCAAAGACAACGAUAUCUUAGUAGCUGUCAAUGGUGAGCAAGUGGAUGGUCUGGAUCAUGAAAGUGUAGUGGGAAAAAUUAAGCAGUCUGAGGCAAAAACCACACUGUUGGUAGUGGAUAAGGAGACUGAAGCCAUGUAUAAACUGGCUCAAAUUUCCCCCUUCUCAUACUACUACAAAGCACAAGAUCCAACUCCAGCUAAAACGGAGGAAAGAUUGCACACUGAGCAGAAAGUGAACCACAAGCCAAGAAUCUGCAAGAUGGUGAAAGGGCCUAGUGGAUUUGGCUUCAGUUUAAACAUGAUCAAGAACAAGCCUGGACUGUUCAUCAGUGAGGUACAAAACCAUGGGCCAGCGGACACAGCAGGUGUACAAAAUAAUGACUUUUUGGUGGAAGUGAAUGGGGUGAAUGUGAUCAAUGAAUCCUAUGACAAAGUGGUGGCAAGAAUCCAGGACACUGGUGACAGACUAACACUACUGGUAUGCAGCAAAGAUGCCUACAAAUACUUCCAGGGCCAGAACAUUCCCACCACAGCUCCUAUGGUAGAUCCAGUCCACGACAGUUCUGAACCUCCUGCUUAUACAGAAAACCAUCCGUCAGAGCCAGAGAGAAACUCACCUGAACCAAGAGAAAGGGCAAGCUCAUCCUCCUCUUCACAAUCAGCUGCCUCUACCAGAGCAGACAGUGACAACAAUGACAACACGAAGUUGUGA